AUGCACAUUUACAUCUAUACCCAUACCCAAAUCUAUAAUGGCCCAUACCGAUAUUCACGCCCGUACCCACAUCCUCACGCCCGUACCCACACCCUCACGCCCGUACCCACACCCUCACGCCCGUACCCACACCCUCAAGCUGCGCCCACAUCCACACGCCUGAACCCACACCAGCACUCCUGCACCCCCACGCCCACACUCCUGCACAACACACCCACACGCCUUCACCUACUCAUACCUAUACCUACACUCACACCCACACAUAUACCUACAACAUCCACACCCUACUCUACACAUAAUCUCAACCCCCACACAUACUCUUAUACCUACACCACCUACAUCUGCAUCUAG